UUUCCCUCCCUUUGCCCCCUCAGCUGCCUCUCUCUUCGCCAUCCCUCCCCAUGCUCCUGGGGCAGCGGGAAGCUCCGUGGUGCGUACCCGGGAGCUGAGCUGCGACAGCAGCACGUCUCUUUCCCCGGGCAGGAUGUACACGGCCGGGCUGGCUCCGUUCUACGCCUCCAACUUCAGCUUGUGGUCAGCGGCUUACUGCUCAGCAUCGGGGCCGGCAGCCGGAGGAUGCUUCCCACUGGACGCCUCGGCGGCGAAGAAACCUUCUUUCUGCAUCGCCGACAUCCUCCACGCCGGCGCUGAGGCGGCAGGAGGACCCACAGACAGCCUGUCCGGAGCUCCCAGUACCGGCAUACCGGCAGCGCUGGGAGCCGUCCACCACGGCGCUCCCUUCCACGCCACCGCCUCUCCGCUUCGGCCCACGCCCGUCGUGGCCCCAGACGCCCCUUCCACCGCCUUUCCGCCGCGCCUCUCGCCGCUCUCCGCCGCCUACCACUCCCACCACCACCGCCCCACGCAGCACCGGUCUCCCGCGGCGGCGGCGGCAGCGGGCGGCGGAGGCGGCCCGGCCCCAGCCCGGCUGCCCGGCGGCCACACGCACGGCUCUGCUCCGGCUCCCGCCAGCAAGGACCUGAAAUUCGGCAUCGACCGCAUUUUAUCGGCGGAGUUUGACCCCAAAGUCAAGGAAGGCAACACACUGAGAGAUCUGACCUCCUUAUUAACUACCAGCCGCCAAACUGGGGUUCAUCUCCCCAACUUGCAGCCUUCCGCCGGCCAGUUCUUCGCGUCUCUAGACCCCAUUAACGAGGCCUCUGCUAUUCUGGGUCCCUUAAACACAAACCCAAGGAGCUCAGUUCAGCACCAGUUUCAAGACACUUUUCCAGGUCCAUAUGCAGUUUUAACCAAGGACACACUGCCUCAGACGUACAAGAGGAAACGUUCCUGGUCCAGGGCUGUUUUUUCCAACUUGCAGAGGAAAGGUUUAGAAAAACGGUUCGAAAUCCAGAAAUAUGUCACCAAACCGGACAGAAAGCAACUGGCGGCAAUGCUGGGGCUGACAGAUGCUCAAGUGAAGGUGUGGUUCCAGAACCGGCGGAUGAAGUGGCGGCACUCCAAGGAAGCUCAGGCCCAGAAGGACAAGGAGCCGCCGCCAGAACCAGAGCCGGAGCAGACGGCCCAGAGAGCUGCCGGUCCUCCUGCCGGUACCAGCGAGCCCGAGCGCAGCCCCAGCCGCUCCGAGGGCGACAGCGACAGCAGCGACGCCGACUCCCUCGACAUGGCCCCCAGCGACACGGAACGGACUGAGGGCGCCGAGCGGAGCCUGCCCGCCGCCGAGCUCUGCAAAUCCUCCGGUAGCACCGGCCUCCCUUCUCCCCCUCCACCCGCCGCCGCAACCAGUCCCGAGCCGCGAAGUGGCCUAUAGACGGGGCGGCCCCGGCGGCCAGGACCUGCGCCAUAAUUUAUCUGCCUUCUUCCGCCGCGGGAGCUCGGCAUCGGCCUGCUCCUGCCUGCGUCCAAAGCCUGACCCGGCCCGGGGUGAGGUGCUGAGGAUGCAGGCGGAGAAGAGAGCUUCGACCCCUAGACGGCUGGACGUGAGGCGGCUGCCUUUUCCUCCAGGCUGCUGGAAGGACAGCUGGAUGUCUCCUUUUUUACCCUCCUCCUUUUUAUUUUAUUUUAUUUUAAUUUUAAAAAAUCGUUCUCCGUCUCCCGUCCCUUGUCCUCUCCAGGAAAAUCCAGCUCCGAAGAACACGCUCCAAAAUCUCUCUGCCCAACCCAUCCCUCUCCAAACGAUUUACAAUGUGAAGUAUUUUGCCAGCGUUCCUCAUCGGUUGCAACUUGUUGCUUCGAAUAAUCCGGCCAACAAAUACUGCACUGACGAAAUAUAUAAAUAUAUAAAUAUAUAUAUCUAUAUCUUCUGUAAAUAAAAGGUUUGCUAUGGUUUGUAA